UGGCAGGUCCAGUUUUGAGGUACAUGAAGUGAUCGUUUCGCAGGGGAGCUUAGGAGAGUUUCUGUAACCUUCAGAACAAAUAGCACACAUUUAAACAAACCAAUGGAAAACAACGGAACAGACGGAAAGGGUGUUAAAUAUUAUCGUUUGUCAGAGGUGGAGGAACGGAACUCUUUUAAAAGCACAUGGAUUAUCAUUAAUAAUAAAGUAUACGAUGUCACAAAGUUUCUCGAGGAGCACCCUGGAGGAGAGGAGGUGCUGCGGGAGCAGGCGGGUGGAGACGCCACUGAGAGUUUUGAAGAUGUCGGCCACUCGACAGAUGCACGCGAGAUGGCCAGUACUAUGCUCAUAGGAGAACUGCAUCCAGAUGACAGGGACAAGAUUGCCAAACCACCAGAGUCACUUGUAACAACCGUACAAGAAACAACAAGCUGGUGGUCAAACUGGUUGAUACCUGCUGUCGCCGCGGUAAUUGUCACGUUGAUGUACCGUCUAUACACCGCAGAGGAGGCAUGAUGGACUCAGUGGAAACUACAGUUCCCAUAAUCCAUUUCAGGUUUUUCCAUUACCAUAAAGAUUCUACUAAUGAAGGCAACUUUUGUUUCGAUGUUUGUUGUCACGUAUAUCCCUUGGGAUUUAAAUACUGAUAUGCAGAUGUUUUUAUGAUAUAUGAAAGUAUAUUUUAGAUCUACUUUGAGCAUUAUAAAUAUGUACGUUAAAGAUGAAGUUUUGAUUGUCUAAUUGUUUUUUCUGUUGUGUAACAGAAUUAUUCAGUUGAAAUAUGCAGGCUGAAAUGUGGAAUAUACUGAAUAUUAUCACAUUCAUAAACACAACAGUUUGUUCCUCAAAGAAAUAAUUUAAUUUCACUUGAAAUGCAUCAUUUUCACAUGCAAGUUAUUGCUACUUGGACCAGAGAGAAAUUAUACAAAUUGUUUUAGAUCUCAAAAAAUGAAUGAAUUUAUUAAAAUCAAACAAUAUCAAAUUAUUAAAUUGUUAACAUGCCAAAUGUGAUAGAUUCAAGAUUAUUAUUAGCAGCUGCAGCUAGUCAUAUUAAGCUCCAAAAUCAAAAGUGAAAAAAAAAAAAAAAAAAAAAAUAUAUAUAUAUAUGUAUAUUACUAGAUUUUGCAUAAAUAAAAUGGAGAUUAUUUAAGAUUUGUUGCAUUGUGACAUUAUUUUUUAUGAAAAUUAAGCAUAUUUUCUUGCCCAGUUCUCAUCGCCAAUUCUUAUUUUGCAUUAUGAUCAUGUUAAUUUGUCUUGAAAAUAAUGUUGCAAUGCAAAAAUGGUCUUCAUUUUUUUAUGCAAAACAUAAUUUCAUAUUUUUCUUUUGAUUUUGGGGGGAAAUAUGAAGCAGACAUGUUCAGAAUGUGAUUGUACAUAACCUAACCAAAAGAAGUCAUGGUAUCAUUUUAUUUUAAGGUGACGUAGUUACACAUUACUACAUGUACUUACUAUAGUAAAAACAGUAAAUUAUGCAUAAUUACAAGUAACUAAACCUAAACCAAACCGUAACUCUAAAGUAAGUACAUGUAGUUAUGUAAUAUUAGUAAAUACUUAUUUGAGUAAGUACAAUGUAACUACGUCAACUUAAAUUUAAGUGUAACCGAAGUCAUUAUGUGCUUAAGUUCUUUUACAACCACAUAGUCAAUCAGCUAGAAGUCAUCACAUCUUUAGUGAAGAUAAUUGUGUUUUUGGCAGUUAUACAUCGAUGUGCCAUUUAAAUGCAUAUCAGUGUACCACCAUGAACGGUGUUUAUACAUUCCUUUUUUUUUUUUUUUUUUUUUAAACAAAAUGAAUGUAAUGUACUUGUAUAUGAUAUAAGAUACAAGCAACUUUCCCAUACUAAUGCUAAUGUGAGAGAAUUACACACUGUAACCUGUGCCAGUGUUUUCAUGUCACACUGACUGAAAUGCAGCCGUCAAAUCAUUCAGCUUUAUUGUGUCCCAAUAAACAAAGAACUGGUUAUGGUA